AGCUGCGAGGCUCUGACUACGGAGUUCAAAUAUGUCAUCCAGCGAACCAAAAACAAAUCCUCUCAGCCUGUCUCUAAUAUCAAAAAUCAUGAGUGACUUUUUAAUAUUUUAAAGUGAAGAUCACAGAACCAGAACAUGUAAUCAGAGAAUAAAAUAAAAUAGAUUAGACCAAUCCAAAAUAAACAAAUUAAACUACAUUUUACAUGCAUACAAAUUAAAUAAACCCCAAUUAAAAAAAAGAUUAACUUUUAAUUUGGCACCGAAAGCCCCUUUUUAUUCUAAUAACCACAGUUAAUGCGUGGAAUUGUGCUCAUGUUUCUAAAAAAAACAUGUUUAUGCUGUGAAUGUUUUUACAAACAAAACUAAAGCUAAAUCUUUGACAGGUUUCUCCCCUUUAUAUUUUAUUAAUAAAACAAAUUGUGGCAUUUGGGAUUUACUUUAUUUUGCUUGAAAACAGGAAAAUACUCCCAUUCCUAUAUAUUUAUAUUAAUUGCUGAUUCUUGAAUGUGCAAUCUUUACUUGACAAACUUUUGUCCUCAACAUAACCCCCUCUAUCCACCCCUCGCCUGUUCUAAGCCCCAUGAUCUCUAGUUUCUUAGCUAUUCUUGUUGGUUGGUGAGCCAAAAUUAAGGUUUUGAACAAAAAGCAUUUUUUCAGGCAGUGUAAGAGCUGUGACGCACUUUUUGAGACAUCUGAGCCUGGUUCAUUGAUGCUUGGUUUCCAUGACACGUAUCAUUGGGUGUACUGUGGUCCUUGAGUGUGUUAGAUCAAGGAGGUAAAUGUUGGAUCGGUGUUGCCAUGCCACCUGCUUCAGGACAUUGAUCUUUCUCCCACUGGGUGAUCCAUUUUUCUACUUUGAGGCUCUGCCAAAUGGUGUGAUUGGUACCCUUUGCAUCUUUGAUUGAAUAUUUGUGUGCAUAGGCAACAUGAGUUUUCCCUUAAAUUUGUGUUUAUUUUGACAACUUCAUGCACCAAGUUUGUGCACGAAUUACUCUUAAAUAGCCCACUUGUACUUAUCCCAGACAAAGAAGAAAGUCUUUCUUUGUGUCUAAUCUGCUUUAUUCUAUAUCCCUUGAGAGUCACACAAUCUGUUCUUGCCAGCCCACCUACCUCAUGAUAACCUUCAGUAUUUUAUGUCUUUUGUUCUUUCAGUGGUUUAAAGGUGCAGACGGUGGGUUACAAGGGCAAUAAAAAGAUGUCUGGGAACACGACUGGUACCUGCUUGGAUGGGGUGGAGUGAAGAAUCAACAAUCUGUCUCAGAAGUAUGCUGUCCACAGAUGUCAUCCUUUUGAACAUUCUCUUCAUGGCCCUCAUGGUUUUGUUGACCUCUGGUGCCAGAACUACACACUGGCCCAAACCGCACAACACCAAUAAGCCGCCUCCAGCUGAAACUAGCUUGGGAGGUGCAGGUGGAAAAUCGGGAAAAUUUGCACAGAUGGCCCCAACGGCCCCAUCAUUUCCUUUCAGGAGCCUUCACAUAGACCAAACAACAGAGCUCAUGAUUGACACGUUAUCCGCUUCCCCAACGGACAGCAGCACCAACCAUGGUAACGUUUACCCAACUGACCUUUACUCAGAGACAGCAGCACCUCCUGGCAACACCCUUGGAAACUUCUCUCUCGACUACAAUGAAUGCUUCUUCAACUUUUGUGAGUGCUGUCCUCCAGUAAAAGGUCCAGUAGGGCCAGCUGGAGAGAGAGGCCCACAGGGACCACCGGGAGUAAACGGCCUCCCUGGGUUGCAGGGAGUAAAGGGAGAAACCGGAUCUCCAGGAUCAGCAGGAUUACCUGGUGCAAAUGGACUCAGUGGCAACAAAGGUGAAAAAGGUGAUCGAGGACUUGCUGGUUCACCUGGUCCCCAAGGCAUGCCAGGAAAACCAGGAGAAAAAGGUGGUCUGGGACCCAAAGGAGAGAAAGGUGAGCAUGGCCUCAGUGGAAUGAAAGGGGACUCAGGAGAAAAAGGAGAACCUGGUCUACAUGGGACCAAUGGCACCAUUGGGCUCAUGGGUCCCCCUGGUGUAAAAGGGACAAUGGGUCAGAAAGGUGAACAGGGAUUGGCUGGCGAAUGUUUGCUAGGUCACAAAGGAGAGAAAGGGGAGGUGGGUGAUCAUGGCCCUCAGGGUCCGAUGGGUGAGAAGGGCCCUUCAGGUACCAAUGGAACUGAUGGUGCAAAGGGAGACAGAGGGCCCCCAGGAAUGAAAGGGGAUGCUGGUUUAAGAGGGAUGCCAGGUGCAAGAGGUGUAGCAGGAAUGAGGGGCGAGAGAGGUGUCAAAGGUGGACGAGGCCCUCGGGGCCCAAAAGGCAGUCCGGGAGAGAGUCUGGAGCAGGUUCGCUCUGCAUUCAGUGUGGGUUUAUUCCCAAGCAGGUCGUUCCCUCCACCUGGCCUGCCUGUGAAGUUUGAUAAGGUGUUUUACAACGGAGAAGGCCACUGGGACCCAGCACUCAAUAAGUUCAAUGUCACAUACUCAGGCGUCUACUUAUUCACGUAUCACAUCACCGUACGCAACCGACCUUUACGUGCCGCCCUGGUGGUCAAUGGGAUACGGAAGAUACGGACACGAGAUUCCCUUUAUGGCCAGGACAUCGAUCAGGCAUCCAACUUUGUGCUACUACAGCUGAGGGAGGGCGACCAGGUGUGGCUGGAGACACUGAGAGACUGGAACGGAGUUUACUCCAGCAGUGAAGACGAUAGCACCUUCUCUGGCUUCCUGCUUUAUCAAGACUUAAUGGAAAAGAACAUAACUUUAGAAAUUGUGUAGAUGAGGCUUAGCUUUUAUCUCCCUGUAGAUGUUGAACCCUCAGCGUGUUGUUCCGUGAGAUUCACACCAUUCAGCUAAAUGUUGCUGCUCAGAAUCUUUCUGCUGUUCUGCUAAUCAACCAAGUGCUUUGCUUGCCUUGUUGUUUGAAAGGUGGUGGGUGACUAAUUAUUUAAAUAGGUGCAUGCAACAUUUCUGUUUUUUUGUAACAUUACAUUAAAAGUGCACAGCUGGAAUAAACCCAUCAAGCUUUA